AUGUCGACAUACCGCAAAUUCCUGGGAACAGCCGUUCUCGAUGACCAUUUAUAUGCGGUAGGGGGACAAGAUAAGUCCAACUGCCAUCUGAAUUCCGCCGAAGUAUACAACCCAAGCACGAACGAAUGGACUGCUGUGGCAGACAUGAUCAAGAAACGAUUUGGUGUAAGUGAGCUGUUUGGCUGA